GAUUGGGGUUGGAGCUGAAAUCUGCAGGACAGUAGCUCUCCAGGAGCAGAGUUGGAGACCCCUGCUUUAUAGUAAUAAGGACCUAUGAACCACUUUAGUGAGCCUCAUCAGAUACAAACAGUGGGAAACUUUUGUGUUUGUUGGAUGAACCAGAGAAAGAUUUAAAAAAAAAAAAAAAAAGAAUCUCUCACCACACUGCCGGCAUUAGCGACUCGCACACACACACACACACAAACACACUGGCGCCGCAUCCUCUCGCACAGUCUCAGUCUGCACGCGUGGCUCAGCAUCAAGUGCAAGUGAGGAUUUCACUCAGCUCUCUCUCACAUCUCGACUUGAGUUAAGCUUUGACAUGGAUCAGAUGAACCCGAGCACUUCUGAUGACACCUGCGGCUGAUUCUCCACAUUCGGUGUCAGUAACUCCUCAUGAAGAGUCCUUUUGAACUGCCUCAUUAUAAUCACAGCUCAAGGAUUUCUGAGCAUUAGAAACUUUGGAAAAACCACAAACUGCAAGGGUUUGAGAUUUCAUUCUCUGCAUUUUCUGUGAUAUUUCAGAACAUUUGGUUUUUUGUUUUAUUUCUCAAAUCCACCGUGGUGAUUCGUUACGUGGCACAGAUGAAUUUUCUCAUAUGCAGCACUAUCUGGCUUCUCAGUGUUCAUCUCCUGCGAGAGAACAUGAGCUGCUGGGGACUGAGAUCUGCUGACGGGACCCCUGACCGACCCCACAGUGACCCCAAAUAUUCAUGGGAAACCCUGCAAAGACAGAAACGAAACUGGGUUUGGAAUCAGUUCUUUGUGCUUGAGGAAUACACAGGGACUGAUCCUCUUUAUGUCGGCAAGCUGCAUUCAGAUGUGGAUAAGGGUGAUGGAAAUGUCAGGUACGUGUUGACUGGAAGUGGGGCAUCCUCUAUUUUCACUAUCGAUGAGAAAACAGGGGACAUCCAUGCCACCAAACGCCUGGACCGAGAGGAACAGGGUUAUUACACUCUGCAUGCUCAAGCGGUCGACAGCAAAACCAAUGCUCCGGUGGAGGACGAGUCUGAAUUUAUUGUGAAGGUCCAGGACAUCAAUGACAAUGAGCCCAAGUUUCUGGACGGGCCGUACACCGCAGGGGUGCCUGAAAUGUCUCCUCUUGGCACCAUGGUGGUUCAGGUGACAGCGACAGAUGCAGAUGACCCCACCUAUGGCAAUAGCGCCAGAGUUGUCUACAGCAUCAUACAUGGACAGCCUUACUUCUCUGUGGAGCCCAAGACAGGCAUCAUACGGACAGCCCUGCCCAACAUGGACAGAGAGACACGUAACCAGUACGUGCUGAUCAUUCAGGCCAAGGACAUGGUGGGUCAGAUGGGUGGACUAUCAGGUACCACCUCUGUGACAGUCACGCUCACUGACGUCAACGAUAACCCUCCACGCUUCUCUCGCAAGUCGUAUCAGUACUCAGUGCUGGAAUCUGUGCCUGUGCCGUCAGUGGUGGCCAAACUGAAAGCCGCAGAUGCUGAUAUCGACUCCAAUGCAGAGAUGGACUACCAUAUAAUAGAUGGAGAUGCACGUGGUGUGUUCAACAUCACCACAGAUGAGGACACACAAGAGGGAGUCAUCUUUCUACAGAGGCCUUUGGACUAUGAAACUAAAAGCAGUUUUUCUCUGAAGAUUGAAGCUACUAAUCGGAAUAUUGACCCUCAGUUUCUGACCUUUGGCCCCUUCAGUGAUACAGCGGCUGUAAAGGUCAUUGUAGAGGAUGUCAAUGAGCCACCGGUCUUUUACCCCCUGAUCAGAAAGAUGAUGGUUUCUGAGGCAGCGAGGGUCGGCACGGUCAUUGGUACGGUUUCAGCCUCUGAUCCAGACUCAUCCAGCAGUGCAAUCAGGUACUCCAUAGACCGGAACACAGACUUGGAACGCUUCUUUAAUGUGGAUGCUCUGACUGGUGUCAUCAGCACAGCCAAAGCCCUCGACAGAGAACUCAAUUCAGUCCACAAUCUCACCAUAUUGGCCACUGAGAACCAGGACCCGUCUCAGGUUGGCAGAGGAAUCGUUCUAAUCAGAGUCAUGGACAUUAACGACAAUGCUCCAGUGUUUGCUAUUGAGUACGAGACACUCUUAUGUGAAAAUGCAGCACCUGGACAGGUCAUUCAGACGAUCAGUGCUGUGGAUAAAGACGAGCCUCCCAGCGGCCAUCGUUUCUAUUUCUCUCUCGCUUUCUCUGCUAGCAAUAAUAACAACUUCACCCUCAGAGAUAACAAAGAUAACACUGCAUCAGUGCUGACAAAGCACGCUGAUUUCCGGCGGCAGGAGCAGUCGCUGUACCUGUUACCAGUGUUGAUUGUGGACAGUGGCAGUCCAGCCUUGAGCAGCACUAACACUCUUUCCGUGAGAGUGUGUGACUGUGAUGUGGACGGCAUUCCUCAGGCAUGUGGCACCGUUGCUUUCUCUCUUCCUCAGGGUCUCAGCACUGGAGCUCUGCUUGCUAUACUGGGCUGCAUCAUCACUCUUCUGGUUCUGAUGCUGUUGAUCAUGGCUAUGCUACGCAGACGAAAGGCACCUCUUUUCCUGGAGGAUGAGCGUGAUGUGAGGGAGAAUAUUGUUCGGUAUGAUGAUGAAGGAGGAGGUGAAGAAGAUACAGAAGCUUUUGAUAUGGUCGCCCUGCGUAAUCUCAAUAUCAUAAGUGAUUCAAAGGUCCAGGAUAUCAGUCCAGAAACAGCCUCUGUCUACCCAUACUCAGCUUCUGCUAUCUCCAGGACAUCUUAUAAAACACUUCCUGACAACAUUGUCUUUCAAGAGUUUAUCUGGGACAGGCUAAAAGUGACUGAAGUGGAUCCCUCAGCACCUCCAUAUGAUUCACUGCAGACAUACGCGUUUGAGGGAAAUGGCUCUGUUGCAGAUUCUCUAAGCACGCUGGAACUGCCAAGUUCAGAUUCAGAGCAGAGUUAUGACUACCUCAGCAACUGGGGGCCACGCUUCAAAAAACUGGCAGACCUGUAUGGCGAUCUUGAAGGAAGCAGUAUUUCUCCUAGCCUUUCCUAUCACUGAGAACUUGGGCCUAUAAACAUUUGAGAAUGCAACAAUUUUUGUUGUUCUAAAUAUGUUAAGGCAAGGUGUAAGGUCUGUAUUUUGUUUUUUUGGCUACAUCAGAUUUUCAUAGUAACACCAAUGAAACAAAAUCAUGGUACCAGAGUUUGGUAGGUGUACUGCAGGUUCCUCAGAUCUUGCCACUGCCCUGCAGAAUUUAGCUCCAACCUUAAUCAAAGACAACUGAACAAGUCUAUUUAGGUCUUCAGAGUCCAAACGGUCUAUCAGAUCCAAAAACCAAACAACAAACAGUGUUAAUAUAGUGCUGUAGUACUACUGAAAAUAAUAAUACUAACCUUUAUAUGCAUACCAAAAUCUCAGUCGGUCAGACAGUGAUCCAUCUUUUCUGAAAUGUGUCUGGGACUAGGGGUGUGCAGUGGAGCCAAUAACUGUAUCUGUAGCAUUUGUAUAUGUAUAUGUGUAUAUGCAUCUGUAUUCAAAUAAAACUGUAAAUGGGCUAGAUUAAAACCAAAUAAAGUCAAAUCACAUGAGCCAGUUUUAAAUAUUAUUCU